AUGCGGGAACUCCAGGAGCUAGUUGAAUCGUCAGGUUUCCUAACCGAAAACUUCGACUUGAACCAGGGCAUCGGGGAUGCUAUCGACCUUUCUGACAAUGAGGAUGAGAAGCUAGCAGCACAGGCAAAAGCAAAGAAAGCCCGCCAACAGGGGCUUCCCACAUUGGAGGGUCCAGAGACCGUCAAGGAGUUUGUGCAGAAGUACAAGAAAUUCCUGCUCAACAAGCGAACCGCCUUCAAGGAAGCCGUAGACCGCAUCGCAACCGAAAACACCAGUGGCCAUGAGGACGACUUCAAACCGGUCCAAGAGACCAUGCGCAGCUUGAAUGCCUUGUACAGCAAGCUUGGCGAGCUCGAAGUGCGAGGUGGCGGCGACGAGUCCAAAGUCCCCUACGACGCACUCUGCAAGGAGAUCCGCGACACUGGCUGCAAGUUCAACAACGAGCUCUCAGCCCUAAAGACGAUGGUUCCCGGCAAUCCGGGGUAUACGCAGCUGGUGCAGCUGGGACUUGCACAUGAGAGCAAAUCAGACAAGGAAUCGGUUUUCGUUCGGAACUUGGUGAGCCUUGGCCUUUCUUUGAACACGAACAUGGAGGAGGUUAAGCUAAACUUCCGGUCUGGAGCAGCGAAGCAGUACAUUUUGCCCAUCCGGGCCUUGGCAGAGGAAAUAUUGACAGAUUUUCCAGAGAAGCUCCUUUUUGGACACAAGCUCGAAAAGAAAGAAGACGUGGGAACAGUGCACAAGACACUGCUUGGGUUCUGGGAGAACUACAAGCAUGUUGGAAGUGAUCACCCUGUUUAUGAGGACCAUGGCGAUGAACUUCACAAGGUGAUCCCUUGCCGGCUUCACAUGGAUGAAGGAACAUCCCACCGAAAACAUGCUGUCAUGCAAAUGAGCUGGGGUCCAGUCAUGAAAUCGCAGCCAGGAAGUGCCCAUCACUGUUUCUAUUUCACGAGCAUUCUUGCCGAGGCCUACAAGGAUGAGAAUGCGGGCUACGAGCGUGGAAAUUCUGUUCUAGAUCAGCUGGCCUCCCACAUGGCCAACCAUUGCAGGCAAGCAUACUUUAUUGGCAUGCCCAGGAGAAAUGGAGAUAGAUUUUAUCUGGCUUUUCUAGGCAUGGAAGGAGAUCUUCCAGCACAGGCAAGGUUCAUGCACUUUACCCGGCACUGGAAUUGUGUCCCGAACCGCUGCUGUCCGCAUUGCCUUGCUGACGACAAAGACAUGAGCUUUGCAGAUUUCCGGGAGUCUGCGGCCUGGAAAGCAACCGUGGGGGAAGAAAGGAAAGGUUCAGAUGUUGUUUUGCUGACGAAGUUCCUCUUGGACUAUCUGGGACAACCGUGGCUUCUUGAUGCAGUUGCAGAAGCAUCUUUGGCCUGGCUUCAAGCCAUGGAUGAUUUCUUGAGGCUUUGCUACACUGCAGACCGGAUCUUUCUGAAGGCUUCUCAAAGCCAAAUCGCUUUCGACUACUUGACAACAUUUGCCCGACAAUACCACAGCUGUGCGACCAUGUGCUUUUCAAAAGGAUUGAUUUUUUUCAAUCUGACUCCUAAAUAUCACUACGUGUUGCACGUAAAGGAAUCCCUCAGGUUGCGAAGCGACCGACUGUACUACCUGAACCCAGCUGUUUUUUCUACACAAAUGGCAGAGGACUAUGUCGGUGUAGUUUCCAGAUCCUCACGAACAUGUCAUCCUUUAGGCGUCCCGCUUCGAGUAGGCCAGAAAUGGCGUUUGUAUACCAAGCUGCGCUGGAUGAGGCCGUAA